AUGGUACCAGAGCAAGACACUGGCGGCCAUGUUGAGAGAUCACGCAGGAAUCUCUCAACGUCAGCCCCUGGGCCCAACAACGAGACUGAGCAAAUACAAGACGCCGAUGUCCAGAUGCAACAGGCUCCUCAAGACGAGACACAAAGCUCAAAAAAAGCUCAAUCAACAUCACAAGAAUCACCGCGGCGGUGUGAUCCGGCCUUGCGGUCCUCGACUCCUGCUCCCUCGGUGCUCUCAGGGAGCUCAUCUAGCACAUCACCGUCAUCUUCGCCCACACCGGAGCCGUCAGUGACACGUCGCUCGAGGCGGCACUCCCUGCACCAAUCACUGCCCCUCGAGCCUCCAGUCACAAAAUCUACGCUUAGCGAACUGGACGUGUCAAAGAUAAUACAUAAUCCCAAGUUGCGGCACGACAUAAACUUUGACCCUGAGCUGCACUUUAGGCCGAACUUGGAUGGAGAAAAGGGGCGAAAAAAGCAAGAGAGAGCUAAUCAGUUUUGGCGGGCAUUAAAGGAGGAACUAACACAGUUCAUCACAGACCGACCCGCUUUCUACGCCAAACACGGGGAGACCGACGACUGGACACUGCCCUCGCUACUCAAGGCCGUCAAGGAAAUAAUCCAGACACUUGUUCCUCAACGUGAUCGCCAAUUCUUGGACGAGGGCUUCAAUAUUGAAUUACUCAUGCAGCAAUUUCACAAGGGUAUCGCCGACUUGGAAAAGUUGGCUCUCUGGCUGUCCCAAGUGCUCAAGUCUCACUGUGCGCCCAUGCGAGAUGACUGGGUAGACACCAUGUAUACUCAGCUGAGUGAAGGCAACCGCGACUCGGACCUGGAUCAACUCGUCACCGGAAUGCGCAGCCUUUUGAGUGUUUUGGAAGCUAUGAAGCUGGACGUUGCGAACCAUCAAAUUCGGUGUCUGCGGCCUGUCCUGAUUGAGGAUACGACACAUUUCGAGCAAAAGUUCUUCCUCAAGAAGAUUCAGUCUGGCAAGGUAGAUAUUACUGGGGCUCGGGAAUGGUAUCGAGAAUUCGAGAGAAGCCAUUCCGCUACGCUUAUCAACACCACGCAAACCUUUGGUGACAUGGGCGUCUUUUUUGAAGCGCUCUCUCGCCUGGUCCUUCCCUCAUCUGGAGAGAAGCGAGUGCCUAGCACUUUCUUGUUCGACGAAGAACGAAUCAUGAAGCUUCGGUCGGACAUGGUUGACGUAAUCAACUUGGAUAUUUGCAUGCGCAUGUAUGAAGACCUGGAGCGAGUGGCACGUUACAGUUCAAAGAUGUUGGGUCGCGACUUCCAGCCCCUGGACGAAGAUACCUUCAACUCAUCAACCACGCCAAGCUCAGAGUUGAAUUUGAACACGCCAUUGUCCAACUCGAGGCCGUCGAGUCUCGUGUUCAGCAGUUCUAGCUCUGCGUCUUCUUCUCCUCGCUCUUCUCUUGUUAUGCCUUCAUACGUCGCGCCGGAGAAUUGCGAGUCAAGGAUCAAGGCUAGGAAUGUUUACAACUCGUUGGUUGCGCUGUUGCAGUCGACGCCCCCAUCGUCGCGACACUGCAACCGAUGGCAGACCAUCGCUCCGUCCAUGGCUCUUCAAAUUUUUCGAUACACCAAUGCCCCAUCGGAGCUGCUACCGACGUUUGAGGGAAAGCUCAUUGACAAUGUCUGCCGUGCUGAUUCGCAAAUCUACAAAGAGGUCGAACAGGCCUUCCACAACAGGCUCAUGUCGGCACUGGCGGGCCGAGUCCGUGACUACAAGGCUCUAUCAGGAGUCUCGCUCUUCGCCCUCGCCACUGGUGGACGAGUCGCCAGCAACAAUCGCCUCCAGCUGUGCCGAGUCUCCGACUCUUCACGAGAUGGACAAGACGAGGGAGGAGUUGAGGAUAUGGCGACUCGGCUGGCUCAUCUCGGCGUUUUGCAUUGGCGAGUGUGGGGACAGCUGGCAUAUCUUGGCGAGCCUGAAGAUAUGUCUGUGGAUGUUCCUGGUAACAUUUAG